AUGGAGUUCCUUGGUUAUCUGCUGUUCUCCCUUUUUUUCUUGGUAGUUAUCCACGGCCUUGCAUUGUUUCUUAGAAGAGGAACACUCCCACCAGGCCCCAUUGGCCUCUCUCUCUUCGGCAACCUCUUCGAGGUCGGUCCAAAGCCCCACGAAUCACUCAUGUCCAUACGUCUCGGCAGUAAAACCAGCGUGGUGGCUUCAUCACCAGACGUAGCCAGAGAGAUCCUCCAGAAGCAUGACGAGGCUUUCUCUGGCAGAACCGUCCCCGAUGCUGUCACUGCGCUCGAGAACCACGACAUGGCCGUGCUCUGGAUCUCCGCGGGCGAUCAAUGGCGGUUCAUACGCCGAGCAUUGAACACGUACCUAACUCACCCACAAAAGCUAGACACCUUGCGAGGACUCAGACACAAAGCUGUGGAAGAGAUGAUUGAACAUGUUAGAGAGAGGAGAGAUCGAGCGGUGGCGAUCGGAGAGUUGGCAUUCACUACUGCUCUGAAUCAGAUGUCGAACACUUGUUUCUCUGUAAAUGUGGCUGGGUUCGAGUCUGGUGAGGUACAGGAGUUCCUGAAUGCGGUGAAGACACUGAUGGUGGUUGAUGGGAAGUUUAACAUUGCUGAUGUGUUUCCAUGGUUGAAGCCAUUUGAUCCUCAGGGAUUAAGGCGCAGAGCCAAGGUUGCUUAUAACUGGCUUGAUGCUAUCAGUGAUGGGUUCGUUACUCGGCGGCUCAAACAUAGAGAAUCCAAUUUUCCGUGCUAUGGGGACUUCUUGUAG